GUUACGUCAUCAGCCUGCGUCAGCAAACUGAAACGUGCGGCGCACUGUGUUGUGUACGCCAGGGCGAAAUUGAAAAAGUAAAUAGAAUAUAGUAUUAAUCCAGAUCAAGUGUUCAAAAGAAAAAGUUGAUACGUCAUGGAUGAUGAAGAGGAAACUUAUAGGCUAUGGAAGAUUCGCAAAACCAUCAUGCAGUUGUGCCAUGACAGAGGCUACCUGGUGACACAGGAUGAAUUGGACCAGACACUAGACGAAUUCAAGAGUCAGUUUGGGGAUAAGCCCAGCGAAGGUCGCCCCAGACGCACAGACCUCACUGUGCUGGUGGCUCACAACGAUGACCCCACAGACCAGAUGUUCGUUUUCUUUCCUGAGGAGCCCAAGGUGGGAAUCAAGACAAUUAAAAUGUACUGCCAGAGGAUGCAGGAAGAGAAUAUCACACGAGCUCUCAUUGUUGUCCAGAUGGGAAUGACACCUUCAGCAAAACAGUCUCUAGUUGACAUGGCACCAAAAUACAUAUUGGAACAGUUUCUUCAACAAGAAUUGCUUAUUAACAUCACAGAGCAUGAGCUUGUUCCAGAGCACAUUGUUAUGACUAAAGAGGAAGUGACUGAACUUCUGGCAAGAUAUAAACUUAAGGAAAGCCAGCUACCAAGGAUUCAGGCUGGGGACCCUGUGGCUCGAUAUUUUGGCUUGAAAAGAGGACAGGUGGUGAAGAUCAUCAGACCUAGUGAAACAGCUGGGAGGUACAUCACAUACAGGCUUGUGCAGUGACACACAGGUGGAUGAGUGAAUGUAACAGAAGGUUCCAUCUGGCACCAGUGAUUCAUGGAUUAUUAUUUUGAUUUGCAUCGUUUUUCUCAACAGAUUUUUGUAAAAUAAAUAAAUUGAAAAAG